UUUGUAAAUAUCUUAUCUGUUCGAAACAAAUUAUACGCUGCGCUUGCUAUCAUUACUUUCAAAGGCAUUUAAUGUUGAUGCCUGUUACACCACUAUCAGUCGUUUUAUACCAGUGGUGUCGACAUGACCGCGGAAAGAGGUGAGAAGUUGAUCCGUAGGGUAACGUGGCCACAAUGGAUCGCUGGUAUCGAAGUUUUGUUGUUAGUGACUCAAGUCGGAUCAAUAGGAGCCUGGUCAUCUCCGUACAUCGGCCAGUUAACUUCCACCGAAUCCGAACCCGUGCUCACGAUGACAGAAGUAUCUUGGGUGGUGUCGUUGAUGAACGUAGGAAGGCUGUUCGGGGCAAUCUUCGGUGCAUUGUGCGUCAACUAUCUCGGCAGUAAAACGACAGUUCUGAUCACCAGUAUACCGGUGGCUUUCUGUUGGCUCUUCAUGUUACUGGCUGACAGCGUCGAGUGGUUGUACGCCGCCAGAAUCUCCGGCGGCGCCAGCUUAGGCAUGAUCUAUAGCUGUUUUUCUCUGUAUCUGGCAGAAAUAGCGGAUCCAAAAAUUCGAGGCGCCUUGAUUGCCGUUGGUAUGACCGGUUUACCAUUUGGCAACUUGAUUAUCUGCAUCAUGGGAGCUUAUCUACCUUUCAAGGUGUCAGCAGCGAUCGCCCUCGGUCCUUGUAUCAUCUUGACGGUCUUCCUAUUUCUGCUACCGGAAUCACCGCAUCAUUUGAUCAAGAAGCACAUGGACGAGAAGGCAAAGGCGUCGAUACGCUGGUAUCAUCGCAACUGUGACCUCGAAUCGGAAUUUAACAAUUUAGAAAAGUUUCUGAAUCUCCGUGACCAAUCGUUACUCGAUACUCUGAAAGAGCUCAAGGCACCGCAUUUCAGGAAGUCGAUCCUCAUAGUCAGUGUACUGUUUAUUUACAGUCAGCUGUCUGGAAUUAACAAUAUCCUGCUGUACAUGGAAUCCAUCUUAACAUUGGCUAAAGUUAGCGUAUUAGGACCCGCGCAAGUGGUGAUAAUAGUGAUGUGUUUUGGAAACAUUGGAUCGUUUCUCUCCUCCUUUCUGAUGGAUCGAUUCGGCAGAAGAGUGUUGCUAAUCGUGUCGUGCGUCGGUGUAGCGACAUCCAUGUGCAUGUUGUCGCUCGAGUUUCAACUGUUGAACUUUGGUUUCCAGCCAGAAACAGUGGAAGGUGUGUCGAUAUUCGCCAUGCUUUUCUUUUACAUUAGCGCGUUCGGUGGCAUCAUUCCUGUACCAGCGACGAUUCUCAGCGAAAUCUUUCCGUCACACUUGAAAUGUUACGCCGCGUGCAUCACCAGUUGCACGAGCGCCAUAUUUGGCUUCAUUUCCACCAGUACUUACCUACCUUUGCUUCAUCUAAUGACCGAACGAUAUGUGUUUUUCUUCUACGGUUUCUGCUUGCUAACAGCUAUACCGUUCACGUUGUUCUGUGUACCGGAGACUAAAGGAUUGACUUUGCAAGAGAUUCAAAGUCAAUUGAUAGAUAAGAAAUAGAUCUGUCGUAAACAUUUGAACGUCACGAUCACACGCAUCGUGUGAUCCCGAAUACUUGUUUCUACUACUUUUGAUGCUUUAAUGUGACGAAGUAUUUUCAAAAAAAAAAAACUUUUCCUCGAAUUCGAUUAACGUGUUUAUUUGUUCAGUUUUCUUUUUUCUUUUUGUAUCAAUAAACAUGGAAGUUUGAGGAAAACGGAGCAGAAACUGUAAUCUGACGGAACUUGCUCUCCGAGGAUCGUCCAAGUUUGAUGGAUAUUUCAUUGGAAAGCAGAUUUCGAGGAAUUUCCAAGCAAAGAUUCGGAUAAUAGAAGGAACGGUCGCGAUGCCUGAUGUUCUUUUGCUUUCCGUUCUUCCCUUAACCGAGAAACGAUGUAGCUAUUUCUCUUCGGAGCGGACACUCGCCCUCGUAACGUCGACGAUGGAACUCGGCCAGUUUCAUAUUUUACAAGACGAUGCUUCAACCACGCUGGCUGGCUGGCUAUGCCAACCGCGUUAAAGUUGCCACGCUCCCAUGACGGCACCGUUGAAAAUUCUACACCAUCUUAUCUCGCUCGGGUCACUGCACGAUGAUUUGCCCAUUGAUGACGUUAUAAACGUCCGAGCGUCAAUAAAAAUUUACGAUUCAUUCUUCUUUUCUGUCCGACUACGCGCUAACCUCACGAUAUCGAUCCACUAGAACUGCACGAGUUCCCAAAAUUACGGGUACCUCUGAUCGACGAGUGAUCGAUCGAAUCUAAUGGUGGAAAAAAUUUUAAUCGCUCAAAAUGAAUAAUUGCAUCAUGCAUAUUGUUGACAUUUUAUGCGAUACAGUACCUACGAUUACUAUUUACAGUAACGUUUAUCAAAUAAACAAAUUUAAUAUUUA